AGAUCCAGCUAUUAAGUUUGGGCGUAGAACCCUUGAGUGUGACAUCAUUUUGUAAGUCCUUGAGGUAUACUGUCUUUAACAUUGUUUAUCUAAUCACUUACAAUGAAUUACUGUGGCAGCAUGGAUGGAACCUGUGACUUAUCAAGUAGAAGUCAUCGGGUAGUACCUUUGUUUUUUUUUUUUUAUUAUUAUUAUUUAUAUAAUUUUUUCCUUGUGUAAUUUCGUUAUCUACAACUUGGUUAGACUUUGUGUGAAAAACGUUGAGUCUAGGUGACACUAUCCUGCUGAAUAAUUCUAACCACUGGCCAUCAUCAUGACUUCCAACGUCGGUUUGUCAUUAAAAUUCGGAAGUGUGCUUUCAACAGUAAACAGCAAACCAUUUCCUUCUUAUGGCAUUGUUCGAACUUUAGCCCCCUGUAUCAGGGAGGUAAUGGGUUAGACGGAGAACACGAAAUUUACUCGUGACGACAACGAGAAAAUAGAAAUUAAUUGUUGAAUCAAUUUUAGGUCAAAAAUUGGGGGCCAGUUUAAACACGCCCCAUUUCCACACAUUCCCCAAUAAAAUCGCGUGCCCACAAACAACUCAAACUAGUCUUCAAGCUGACACCUGUGGAGCUGUUGUAAAGAAAACAGUCCAUUGUACUUACUGCCUACGUAUUUUUUUCUUUUUGUUUUAGAAGAAAGGCCUGCUUCAUCCUUUGGCGUCUGCCAAAAUGCAGCCUUUUCGAAGGGAAAGACACAACAAACCCCACAAGUGCAGGAGCUGCCCCAAGUCGUUCAAAAGUUCUAAUGGUUUGAAAUACCAUUUGGAUAAGGUUCACAUUGAUGAGAAAAUCAAGAUGGAGACUGAAUGUGCAGAAGGUACAAAAAGCAUUUUCGGCAGCUCUUUGUUUUUAGGCUUAACAAGCCGGGUUUUUUUAUACUUUGAUCUCAGCAAAGGUAUAGUGUCCUUACACGAGCGAUUGUCACUGAUAAACCCAGAGCAUACACUAAGCUACAGUUCGUAAAGUACCUCGAUCAAAAUUAAGAAAACUAAAACUGCGGGUACAGCUUUUUAUAACUGCCAAUUCUCAAGCUUACUUUCUAACGGUAUGACCAGCCGCCAGCUUGUUCCUAGUUCGACUUCUCGUCUGCCUGAUAAGGGCGGAUCCUUAUCGCACACAGCAGACAGCUGAUCAGUGUCUCUUUCAUAACUGCGGUUUGUUCGCUUGUCAUCAAUUCAGUAAAAUAAUGGUUAAGUCAUGAUACAGUUUAUAAUUGUUAACUGAUGAUAUUUUUAGUGGCUUAUAAGUUUAUCAAGAUCUAGAUAUAUAAAUCAUCAAGGUAUUCUGCCUUGCGUUUGUUGCUUUUCGGUCAUAUUCCUAAAGCUUCGAAUGAGGUAGUUUCGCUUCAAUUUCGUGAUGACCAGUUUUUGGUGGCUAAGAUUUCCCAAACAAUACUUUUGAACAUGUUUUCAGACCUUUAAAUUUUAAAAGAUACCAGAUGUAACUGCCUUCUAGACCGAGACUUCAGCUGAUAAAGAUCUAUCAGUGGCGAGACAAAGUGCCAAACAAAAAAAAAUAUAAUAAUAGUAAUUAAAAAAAGCAUUUGCAAAGUGUCUCAAAAUUGUCCCGCCAGCGCUAGUAUAAAUCAAACGCUGCUUUUUUGUUGUGUUGUGUUUUAUUUAGUUUUCUUUUGUUUUGCCUCUUUUUUGAUCAUUGUAUCAAAUUGUAUUUCGACGAGUCCGUUGGCUUUCUUUUCUAUCGUUUAAUCACAAUUAUAAAAUUCAAUAAUAAACUAGUCACAAUCAACUUUGAGAGCAGUAAGUACAAAAAAGAUUUUCAUCUUUCUCCUCCAAAUAUUUUGUUAGUAAGCCAUGUAAACAGCUCAAAGAAAUUUUGAACACGCCCUCAAUUGUGCAAUAAAAGGAAUUACUCAUGUUUCCGCGCUCCUUCGAGGACUACGCUUGGUAUUUUUAGGUGAUAAAAUUGCUAUUUUUGGUUAUCAGAUCGGAAGGUCUAGUUCAGACUAUAUCUACUCGUGAAGCGAAAGUACCGGCCCACAAACAUUUCUUUCAAAGGCCAUUGGUGAGCUUGCCAAGUUUAGGAUCCCUACAGCGAUAGUCUCAUGCCAAGUGUUGAGAUGUGCUGUGGUUAAUCUUUAGCCAAGCUUUAAGGGGAAUUUCCCUGUUGUUUCAUUUCUUAUUAGUUUUGGUAAUUCAGAUGGUGUUUAUCGUAUUUAUUUACCCACAAAUGAUGAAUAUGCCCGGGCCAGACAAUUUAGUGGUGGCUGUGAGGGACGUUUCUUUUUGUCAUCCAGUGCCCAUUUAUCUGUCACGCGCCUUUUGGGUUUUUGUUCGCUUUGAAAGGGAACUCGUUCAAAAAAGCUCGAACUAAUGGUUCAAUUUUUUUGGCUGUUUUUCGUGUUGUUUUCCAAUCUGUAAUCCCCAUUAGGAAGAAAAAAAAAAACAAUGAAAAGCAAUAAACAGUUGGUAAUACUAAAUUCAACAAUCUUCCGAGAAGAAGAUGAACGCCAUGAGUAUGAUUUUUAGCUUAAAUCCAUAACCUUAUUUAAGCUUGAGACAACUUACCAAUGACACGGUCAGUUCCUGAAAGAAAGUUAGUCAUUUGUUUUUUUCUUUCUUUCUUUCUUUCUUUCUUUCUUUCUUUUUUGUUUGUUUGUUUGUUUGUUUUGCUCUCUCUCUCUCUCUCUUUCUCUCCGUUAAUAGCUUCACCAUUGUUGAACUUUGCUAUCCGGAAAGAAUCAUUUAAUAUAAUUCAGUCUUUUGACGGCUGACUUAAAGGCACUUAAAAGCAUCUAAAGGCCAUCUUUGAGUGUGAUUACUCCAGCUCACAAAUGUUGUAAAUGUAAAGUCAAGUAGGGAAGCGUUUAUUAAGCUUUUAAUUGAGUCACUGGACGCAAGGGUGACCCUGUCCUCCUUAUUAUGCGAUAAUGGUCUUUCGCAUUUCACCCAUUUUACCCACUAAGCUGAGUUUUGCGAAAGUAAUGGUUGGAGUGAAUUUAUUAAUUAAGAAGUGCCUCUGUUUUCUAACAAAGUAUUAGUGCGCUUCCCGAAAUUACAAUAGGUGAGAAGAUCCCUACGUCCGUUCAGGGAAAGAAUUUCCCUGAGAUAAAAACUUUCACCUUUCUCGAGCUCCGCUACUCCUGGCGCGUACUCGCUAGCAGAUUGACCACGAUUAUAUUCGAUGUCAUUGGCCGUUUAGGACUCAAGGCUUUCAGUUAAAAAAACACGAUUGAGAAAGAUUUGUUUGCAAAUCCCUGACAUGUCUCUACAUGCACAGAUCUUUACUUUUUUAUUCCUUUGUUUACUUCAGACUUAAAGGCAGUUUUUAAAAAGUUUUAAUGCACAACUUAUCUCAUCAACUUAUCCUAUCUCAGAGUUUUUAGCAACACAGUGACAAAUGAAAAGAAAAAAGAAAAAAAAAAGCAAUUGUUAUUAUAAUAAGACAGAAUGAAAGAAAAGGGAGAAAAUGUUGCUGCAUUUGUUCAUCUUGAUCUUUUUUACUUAGUUCUCGACACGUUCAUUGUUGUGGUGUUUUGACGACAUAUUUGUAUGUCUAUCAAAUUUAUAGACACAUUCUUGGAUCUCUGAUUUCGUCUUGUUCGACAUUUCUUAAGGGAUUAAGCAUUCGAGUCGUUUAUCAUGAGGAUACAAAGAAGGGGGAUUAAUAUAAACAGCUUCUUAACGGUGUCGAAUUUUUGUUUUCUACGCAGAAAAACCGAGAGGAAUGCAAAACAAACCUCGCUCUAUCCCUCCAGCUUUGGACUUGUCUCCAGAGGUCAACCUGCUCAAAGAAUUUGCUGUCAUUGCCACAAGUCCUCAGAGCCCAUUAGUGCAAGAGGUCAGCGGUGAAAGCAUGGAUGUCAGGUGCAGCGAUGGCGAUAUUCCCCAUCCUCAGGUAACAAACCCAAAGCAAAUGAUAUGUCGUCUGCAUUAAGUAGCUGUGUUGAAAUUUCGGCACAAACGCAGUGAAUUCUGAGGAAUUUUUUGGUCGUACAUUUCUUCUCUUGGAUACAGACAAGUUUUCCUUAUAAAGAGUGUGCAACUCUGAUGUUUAUUGACAGACUUCUUUUCGCAAAGAAUAACUUAAGAAUGCUUAUUAAAAUUAAAUAGGAAAUCAGUGAUUUUUAGUAAUCCAGCUUUUCAUUCCCUUUGAUACUGGGAACUAUGCUCAAAUAACAGUGAAUAACUCUCAUAUUAGUCGAUCAUACGGGUUAAAGUACGUUUCUGUAAACUGAAUAAAAUAUAAUGAGAAUGACUAGGGGGUAGAUGGUUGGGUCUUGGAACCACAUUUUAAUUAGAGCUUUUUUCCAAGUCUGAAUGAAAUCCAUCCAAAUUAUUUUAGUCCUCUCAUUCCCUUGAUACGUGGUUCUUUGCCAGGAAAAGACUGAGCAAAUGUCUUAUAAGUCGUACGUGUCACUUUCGCCAAUCGCUCCGCCAAACACCCCGGAGGGGCACCGUAAAUCCUCUAUUAAGCCCCCCUCAAAUGACCCCCCCCCCCCUUUUCAGAGGAGAAAAGUUAAUAAGCCUCGCCCCCCCUCCAUCCUUAUUCUUCACAAACAAUUAACGUGGACUGAUCAGUUAUGGUUUAUUCAGGCUAGAAAUUCAUAAUGUUUUUGGUCUUCAGCCGCAUGACCUCCAACGUCAUGUGUUUAACUUUUUCAACUUGUUAUCAUUUUCUUAUUGUUAGAAAAAGCAGUAUAACGCUCAAGAACCACAAGUCCGUUCUCGAGAAACCUUGUUUCCUUUGAUGCGUUUCGCGAAAUUAAAUAAGCCCCCCUCCUCUCAUUUCCUUGUAUGUGCAAGGUUGAAACGACUUUGAACCGGUUUCCAGCUUCAGAGCCUUUUACUCAUUUCUUACCAUUACCUUGCUAGGAUUUUCAACCCAGAGAAUGGCCAUGUGUCUCACAGUACAUCCCAGAUUCUCCAACGCAGACACUGUUGCAAGCCUUGUCUGCGGCAAAAUGGCGAUGCUUUUUGGCCGCGACCCGGAUAAAUUUCCCAGGUGAAGACGGAUGGACCUGGAAAACCAUAGAUGAUAUUGGGAUGGAGGGAAUAUCCGAGGAUCUCUUCCAGCAUGGACUUCGGGUGGUCGAUAUUGAAAGGAUUACGAGAAGACAUGACGAAAACAGCGUAUGUUGCCUUUUUUAAUUGGAAUUUUUUAUUGCUUGUCCGAUGGUAAAAAAACGUUUUAAUUUCGUAAAAAAGCUAGUGGGAAGUGUUUUCAGUAGCGAAUUUUGAAGUGCUACACUAUCAUUUUCUGUCAAGUUUUUUGUAAACCUAUAUAGCUGGCAAGCGUCCGCCGCUCUCUGAAUUUUCUGGAUCCGCCCCUGUCUCAAUACCACGUUAACAUUGCGGUCAAUAGUGCAGAAAAAUCACCCAGUUGCUUUAUUUUCAGGAUGAGUUUAUUGUAUCUUUCCAAUCGUGCAACAACGAGCAGACGAGCCUACAGGCUGAGAUAACCGCUCACCAUCCAUUCUACGUCAAAGGAAAAGAUGGGGAAUUUUGGGCGUCACUCAAUCCUUGCUCAAGCGAGUUACACCACGGAAUAAGCUGUCAGCCGCUUGAAUGUGGUGAUGUUUGUAUGUUGCCGUAUGGUCGGGAUGUUGUCGGAUAUCUUAGUGGGACGCAGUGGGAUACGGACAAAACCUCGUAAGUACUUGCACCGGAAACGCAAUUCCCCCUUUCAUAUCUCAUGUCUCUCAGUAUUGUCUUAUUUCCUCUCUUUUUUUGUGGUGUGUGGUAUAGAGUAACGUUCUUGCCCUGUCUUGGCAUGUCUUCCCCUUUCGAGAAACUAUUAGGGGAAUGGGUACAAGCUUUGGGCGCUACGAUUUCUGGGAUCAUUUGGGUGGGCGAGCGUUACUUUUGAUUAGUUAAUAGUUGCCUCGAAGACCAUCAACCAAUCAUAACUAACGCUUGUCUUGUCUACCCGAACGAUCCCAGAAGUAGUCACUGUGCCCAAAGCUUGCACCCAUUCUCCCUAGAGCAGUUUCUGAACUGGGAAGUUUACGAGAUUCAGAUCACGAAACUUAGCAAACACAACUUAUUUUCAGGUCUGAGUUCACCGCGAUGUCAACCGCUGCACUGACGCUGAGCUGUAUGGCCAAGGUAUGUAAGUCUCUUAAGUUUUGGUGAGUGUUAACGUAAGGUUCACAAGACACCCGCAUUUAGCGAAUACAUAAUAAGUUUAUUUCUUUGUGAUCUCAAGGAACGCAAAAUAUCUUUCAUGAAAUUUUAUGCCAAGUUUUAUCCUUAAGGUUCUCUACAGUACCCUUCCUUCAACCUGAUACAUCGUGACUACAGCAUUUGAGACAAUUUUAAUACAAAUGUCCGUUUUUAAAUCUAUUUUCAAACGUAAAAGGAUAAACAAGAGCACAGACAUCGCCGAAGCAAGCUUCUCUCUGAGUCACGAUGUCCCGGAAGCAUGAUGAAAAGAAGCAGCAUGCAACAGUUCUCUAAGAGACCUAUGAAUGCCUUCAUGCUAUUUGCCAAGCGCUUUCGAGUGGAAAUCACUCAAGCCCAUCCUGGAAAAGACAACAGGUAAGAAAUUUAGUGGGCGCAAAUCCCAAGGUCUCUUUAACAUAAAAGAAAAAUAUGUCAUAUCCUACUGUUAUUAUUAUUAUCAUCAUUAUUAUUAUUAUUAUUAUUAUUAUUAUUAUUAUUAUUAUUAUUAUUAUUAUUAUUAUUAUUGCUCCAGUGAGAAAUCCGAUUGACAGUAAAAUUUUCCAAACGGUAACUGGACAUCUGGAAAGACCUUCUGGCCAAACACCGAUUACUUUGACUUUAAAUACGAGAUCAAACGAAUUUGUAGUUGUCGAUCAGUUUAAGUCAUCCCAAUAGUAACUGGUGCACUGGGAACAGUUUCGAGAGGAUUUGGAGGGUGGCUGAGACAGUUGGGAAUGCCACAUUGCAUGGAACGUUUAUCGCGAAGACCUUAUUGGUGUGCUAGAUAGUUAAUCAUAUUAAGGACAGAACAGAUGGCACGGAGUAUCCUAGGUCACAGGCUGUGACCUGAUACUUUGCGACAUAUUUUGCAUAACGUAAUGAUAGACCUAUAAUAAUGAUCAUGAUAAUGAUAAUAAUAUACUAAUAACGACAACGAUGAAGUUAAAAAGGCGGAAAAGAAAAAAAAGAAAUUUAAAUAAAGAAAUCUGGGGUAGCUUGGUUAUACUUUUGACAUUGUGUGAAAACCUGAAGUGUAAACUCUUUUAUCAGAGCAAUUAGUGUGAUCCUUGGUGACAAGUGGAAAGCCAUGAACCAAGAAGAUCGCAAAGAAUACGUGAUACAAGCAAAGCUCUUGGCAGAUGAACACAAAAGAGUUAAUCCAGACUGUUGGAAAAGGAAACGAAACUCGGAGGUAACUGGCGUUCAAUUCCAUUAGUAUAGGAUUUAAGAACGAGAAGUCCAAAGACUACAGCAAAGCUGAUUUAAAACAACGUGUAUUGUUUUUUAUAACAAUAUUUCUGCUGGCCAUACCAGCCUUCUUCAGGUUUACAGAUGUUAUGUUAUAGGAUUUGUAGGCACCAACUAAAACUGAAACCAAGUUGCUAGAGGACAUUUCCCUAGUGCCCUCGCCCCUCCCCUCCCCCAACAAAUUAAUUAUAAUUAUAAAAUAAUCAAUUUAUUAAAUAACCAGACGUGUGAUUUAAUUAGCGUAUAAUAAACCUACCGUAAUCUUGAACAGGUAUAAAUAAAUUUUUCUAUUGACUCCCUUUGCCUUACUUUUCUUUAGAGGACUUUUCAUUUGUGCUUUCGUCCCUCCUCUCCCUCAACAAAUUAGUAUAGGUAAUAGCAUGAUUAGUAGUGAUAUUUGGCAUAAACACCACGAGUGACAUUUCGAAAUUGUUAUAUAAAUUUGAGACAAUUUUGAAAUAUCACUCGUUUUGUUUAUGCAAAAUAUUACCAACAAAUCAUGCUAUUAUUUGUUUAUACUACUACCCACAAACGGUUUGUAAUUUUCACAUGUAGGUAUUUCAGUUAAGCUGAAAUACCACUGCUCUGAGCCAAUCAAAUUGCAGAAAUUUCUCAUGUAGUAGUAUAAAUUAAUUAAUUAAUUAAUUAAUUUAUUGAAUAACCAGACGUGUGAUUUAGCAUAUAAAGAACCUACCCUAAUCUUGAUAUAAAUAAAUCUUUCUAUUGACUCCCUUUGCCUUACAUUUCCUCAGAGGACUUUAUCUCUCCUUAAACCAAUUAUGUAAUUAAUUAUGAUAAUUAAUUAAUCAAUUUAUCAAAUAACCAGACGUUUGAAGAAGCCUUUAAUAAACCUACAAUGAUGUGGAUAUGUGUUAAAUCUUUUUGCCUUUAGCUUUUUUGUUUUUCUUUCAGGGGUCAUCCAAGAUAAGUUACCGACGGCCAUAAAGGAGUGCUUUCUUUUUUGAUCUUUAGAUGAUAAUAUAUAUUUUUUCCUAGAUGUUUUGUAAUAUAUUAUAUUGUAUAUUUUCGCUAGCCCAACUGUAUUUUGUUUUUUUUCGUAUGAGAAAAUGAUGCAAGUCAUACUAUGUAUGGCGUAUUUAAUGGCAUUCUAAGGUGUAAAUAGUUUAACUUAGUUGUGAAAUGCUUUUAUUUGGGUAAUGAUUUCUAUAGAACAACGAAAAAAAUAAGUUAUUAGUUAAACAUGUGAAUUGCAGCAACUUAAAGUAAAAGCAAAGGCUCUAAAGAAUGUAUCGCGUGUCUUUGAUUCUUUGUAUCUUUUUAAGUCAUUCCCUUUUCUGAAAAACCACAAUCUAAGAAAUAAAAAGAUGUAGCAUAUCUACUAUACGAUAACAACCUUUCCAGCAUGGAAAGCAAAGGCUGAAAUAGAACACUUCAGCCUUGAAAAACUACUAAACACGUGACUUGAAGUCCAAACAAGCAACACUGAUAGUCUUUAAAAGUCGCAAGGUCUUUUCAAAAUCUCAGCCUUGGAUUUAUUAUUAAGAUAUUCUUGAAAUUUCGCAAAUUUCAGCCUCAAUAUUCUUGUAAAACAUAUUCUUAUAAAAAGAAAAGACCGUAUUGAGAAUGCUUGAACUCAUCUACUCAGAAAAGGUAAAUAUUUUUGAACAAUGAUUUCUAUAUUAAUGAAUCCAUUAGCAGCUAGUCAGUCUACCAGGGAGGGUUACACGGGUCAACGACCCCGCGUGUGGGGCUCUACAUUAGCCUGUAGCUUUCAUUGUCAAUUCAAGCGCUAAUAAAGAUCGGUUAUUGAUCUAUAAAUCCAGAGAUAAAUUACAACUCAAAUAGAUUGGCAGAAACUCUUAAUUCUCACAAUACAACACUGUUAGUCGGGUGGGCAUGGUAGUCUGGCAUUGAUCCCUUGUUGUCCUUUAAAUUUAUGUUAAUAUUGCGUGUGAGGAAGUGUAUUAUGACUGUCCACGUAGUAAACACAAACUCAUGCUAAUUUGUCACGAUCAAAAUUGCGCAACCAAACAAUAGUACAAAGAUCAAAACAGAUGAUAAAGGUAGCCAGCCGUCCCUUAUUCAGUCUUGAAAUGAUGAAAAGAUGCGCAAUAAUUUUCACUGUUUUUUUCUUCUCGAUAUAAAUGCAUAUUACACCUCAAAGUAGAACUGCAAGAGGGUAAUAUUAUACUUCAGGAAGUAAUAAGGAUAAUUUGCCUCAAACAAUACAAAGAAUAUAAAUCAGUUUUGCGGAAGUUAAUAACUUUUGGUUUCGAAAACGACGACAAACAUUUUCCGCCAUUUUUUUAAACUUUUUUUGCGUUUUGCUACGGAAUGACGUUUUAAAGUAAACACAAGAACAUUGUUCAGUUCAUUAUAUGACUUCACUUGUUAAGUGAAAAGUUAAAUUCCUUACAAAUUGUAUACAGUUCGUGAGCGGAAUGAUUUGUUUGGGGUCAAAAUCCAGAGUUGUGGCCAUUCUAGAAAACAAUCUGUCGCCGCUCUGUGUUUUAAGCAUUCUAUUUUUAUCACUCUAAACAUAGUUCAGAUUUCAUUAAGAAAUUGAUUGUAAUUUGAGACACUCAAAGAUACCUUAGAGAGUGACUCCUAAUCUUCAUCUUCUUGAAGUCGAAAUUGGAGAAGAAAAUAAGACUAAAUUUCAUUUUUUGAAAGACUGAAUAUCGGCCUUACGAAAUUUCGAUUGCAUGGAGAUAUUUCCGUCAAAUAGCCCAUACAAAAGGUCUCCUCUUGUCAGAUCUAUAAUGGUAAUUGAACUGAGUGGAGAUGUCAGUGGAAUGCAUUUGGUCUGAAAUCAUACGCGUGAUUUCAAAAUCGAACGAGCGAGUAGUGCGAGUUCUACUUGAAAUCACAAGUCUGAUUUGAGAUCAAAAUUGCAUGGCACGAAGUUCAAUUACCACUUUAUUACAGCCAUAUUCAGUCAGAACCAAUAUUUUAUUGACCAAGUAGCCGGUUCGUUGAAAAGCGGAAGCAAAAAAGCUUUUUACAUCUUUUACAUCGUUAUGAAAUCAAAAAAGGAUUACAUCUCAUUUUGUAUUAGAAACAGAAAUGAUGCGAUUUGGAACAUGAAUGACGCGAUUUAUGAAAGAUGUGAUUUAGAGGAGAAAAUAGUGUGAAUUGUGAACAAGACACACUGCUGAGAUCCAAUCAGAUUCCAGGGAUCACCAGUGAUUUCAAAAUGGAUAUAAUAAAUAAUUUUAUCCGCUGUACAUAUCACGUCUCCAUCAGGCGUCAUAUAUCCAACCCAGCACUGGAAGGGGUGUUUCAUGGGUCCAUUGACACAAAAGCCAAACUGUGUACUACCGCGUCAAUGAGAAACGUCGCCUGUUAUAAAUCAGAGGAAUUUGCUCAUGUGACUCGCCAUAUUUGGUUAUCAGAUGAAACAUGCAUAAGCCGAUGUUGAGACUUCUGAAUAUGGCUUUCAUUUCCAUUUCGGUGUCGAUAAAGUAUCUAUCCA